AAAAAAAAAAAAAAAAUCCCACAGCUAGAAAACCUCUAUAUUUUGUCUUCAGAUUAAAUAAUAAUAAAAUUAAUUUAAAACAAAAUAUUACAACACAAGCAUGGAUUGUGUUAGCACAAAAGUGUAGGCACAAAGAGAUAAGAGUACUCUGUGUGUAUGUGGGUGUAUGUGUGUGUGUGUGUGUGUGUGUGUGUGUGUGUCUGUGUGUGCGCUAAACAGAGGUAUGUGUGUGUGUGUGUGUGUGUGUGUGUGUGUGUGUGGGCUUUCACAAAUGGUUUCUUCCCCUUAGUUCUCCUUUCAAUGCGUGAAGCGUCUGACAUCAGUGGAGUUUCCCUCAUGUCUACCCGCAUCUCUCGGCUUUAAAAGCAGACGAGCAAACGAGAGUACCAUUAACGAUCACGAAAGACAGACACGAAGAUCGAAUUCAACUCCAAGUCAGAUAUCCGAACUGAAUAUCAUCUGCAGGAGCUGCAAUCAGAAAGGCUAGAUUUCUCCUGAAGGACUAACUACUAAACGACUCAGAGAUGGCCAGUGACAGUCAGGUUGUAUUGGAUGUGGACGGACCCCGGGUGACGAUCGUACGAGAGAAGGCCUCGUGGUCUGCUUCAGGAGUCUGGAGAACGUGUGGAGUCCUUCUCGCCAUGGCUCUCUGCGCUGCCGCUGCUGUGUGCUUUACUCAAAACAAGACGCAAGACAAACCAGACGAAACCCAAGAAAUCAAGCACUCUCUCAGGCAGAUUUCCCAGACUGCAAAGGCUGCGAUCCAUCUCUCAGGUCACUACAACCCGCAGGUUUCGAACGAAUCUAUGCAGUGGUUCGACAACGCAGACCAGUCCUUCUCUUCAGGCUUAAAACUGGAGGACAACGAGAUCAAGAUUCUCCACAACGGCCUCUACUUCGUCUACAGCCAGGCCUCGUACCGUCUGCUCUGUAAAGCCGAAAGCGACGAGACCGAGGGCGAGGUGAUGCACAUGAGCCACGCCGUGUAUCGCUGGUCUGACUCUUACAGCUCAUGGAAGCCGUUGCUGAGCGCCACGAGAUCGGCCUGCAGGAAAACAACCGAAGAGUACCAGAAAUACUGGUACGGCGCCGUCUACCUCGGGGCCGCGUUCAACCUGGAGGCCGGAGACCGACUGCGCACCGUCAUGGACGGGAAGCUGCUGUCCAAAGUGGAGAGCGCCGGCGGGAAAACCUUCUUCGGAACGUUCUCCUUAUAAAGAUCUAAAAGGUUGUCAUUUUGGAAGUUUUGCAAGGCAGAGCCUGACUGAAGAAUUGUCGUUUUACAUUAAAACAUACACGCAAACGAGUUAAGAGAGACCAACGCUUCAGUUCGUUUCGAUCACUUCAACUCAAAUCUUCUGAUCGAAGAGAUUCUUACCGUAGCAGAUCAAACUGACAAUAAUUAAAGAUGAAAUGCAUAUUUAUUUAUUACAAAUGUAUUUAUUUACUUAUUUAUUAUAUAUUUAUUGUGUGUGUGUUGUUUUUUUUUUUUUUUUUAAUAUUCAAGCUGUGUAACUUGAAAAAAAACAAACAAUAAAACUGAAAAAAGAAUCAAUCCUUUGUGUUGUCUUGGAAUUUUACUGACUUGUUUUUGGUUGAAACGACGGGAAGAUUUCUGAAAUCCUUACAAUUCUUACUACUAUUUAUUACGUGCGUUGUUUUUUUUUUAAAAAAAUGAUAUGUUAUUAUGUCACAUACUAAGUUUCUCGCAAAACAUUUGAUGCCAGGAUUUCAUUCUGCAAAGUUCAGUUUAAACACUGACAACUAAAGAGAUCAACAAAACAGACUUCAUGUAAAAAAACUGGAAAGACUUUUCCUGGUUACACAGCUGAACUAAUAGACCAUGUAGUAUUAUAUAUUCGUAGAAGGGAGUUAUUUAUUCAAACUUGCACUAUCUGGUGUUACCCAGACGAGGAUGGGUUCCCUUUAGAGUCCCUCAUCUACGGGAGGUUUUCCUUGCCACCAUUGCCUCUGGCCUGCUCAUUAGGGACACAUUUAAAGUAUUUCUGUGAAGCUGCUUUGGGUCAAAUGUCCAUUGUUAAAAGCGCUAUACAAGUAAAACUGAACUGAGUUGAAUUGAAGUAGAUUUAUAUCAUUACAUAAGGAAUGAAUAAGUUUUCAUUUCUGAUCUAAUGCAAUCAAUCAAGCAAAACAAAAAAAACAAACAACAACAAAAAAAAAACAUACUAGAUUUUUGAAAAGUUCAACCUAAAGACCUAAUCUUGAAAGGUUCUUUAGUUUGUCACAAACAAUCCUUUAACGAUCCCUAAAGGACCCUUUUGUCUAAGGGUUAUGUUAUCUGUCAUUAUCAACAUAAAACGUAGAACAUAACAUAACAUAAUUUACAU